AUGGCCGGACGGGUGCGCCAGCCCAUUGACGUCGGCGCGCUGGAGCGAUGGAUCGCCAAGAAUGUGCCCCGGAUUGAGGUGCCGCUGGACGUGAAGCAGUUCGGCUUCGGCCAGUCGAACCCAACCUACCAACUGACAGCCGCCGACGGGCAGCGCUACGUGCUCCGCAAGAAGCCGCCCGGCCGACUCCUCUCCAAGACGGCGCACAAGGUCGAGCGCGAGUACCGCAUCAUCCACGCCCUCGAGCACACCGACGUCCCGGUCCCGCGCGCCUACUGCCUGUGCGAAGACACCGCCGUCCUCGGCACCGCCUUCUACAUCAUGGAGUUCCUCGACGGCCGCAUCUUCGAGGACCCCAUCAUCCCUUCCGUUUUACCGGAACACCGCCUCGCCAUCUGGACCGACGCCGUGCGCACCCUCGCCAAACUGCACCGCAUCGACCCGCGCGCGAUCGGUCUGGAGGCGUUUGGGAAGCCGACCGGGUUUUAUAAUCGGCAGGUGGCCACUUGGCGGUCGGUGUGUGAUGCUCAGGCUGCUGUGCGCGAUGUUGAGACCCGCGUGGCUGUCGGGCCGCUGCCGCAUUUCGCCGAUCUCAUGGCUUUUUUUGCCGAUGAGAACCAGCAGCCGGCUGAUCGGGGCACGCUCAUCCAUGGCGAUUUCAAGAUUGAUAACCUUGUCUUUCACAAGACUGAGCCGCGCGUCAUUGGCAUUCUUGACUGGGAAAUGUCCACAAUCGGCCACCCCCUCUCCGACAUCUCCAACCUCCUGACCCCCUACUUCACCGCCCGCCUCGACCCCCGCCGCUCCGUCAACGUCCACCCGGGCUUCCGCCCCCGCGCCACCCGCGGCCUGCCCACCCCAGACGAAAUCACCUCCCUCUACUUCACCGUCGCCUCCUUGCCCUCCCCCACCUCCCCGCGCCCAUCCUCCUCUCUCGAACUCACCCUCCACCGUCACAACCACAACCACCACGACGACGACCACAUUCACCACAGCUCAGGAGGACGAAGCACCAACAUCUCCCCGGAACGUCGCCGUGAACUGCAGUGGGCGCAGGCGUUUAAUAUUUUUCGGCUGGCUGCGAUUUGUCAGGGGAUUGCGGCGCGCCAGGCGGGGAGGCAGGCGAGUAGUGAGCAGGCGAGACGGUAUGGGGAUGCGAGGGGGCCGUUGGCCGAGUUUGCUUGGCAGUUGGUGCAGAGUGCUAGGUCGGAGGGGAGGUCGGCUUCUGGAUCGGGAUCGGGGGUAAGGGGUGAUGUGGGAAGGAGAGGAGAUGAGCGGGGUGAGGAUGAAGGGGGUGAUGGUGAAGAGGAGAGGAAGAGGGAGGAUGGGGAGAAGUCGAAGUUGUGA